AUGAACAUCGUGUCUUUAUUGAGCGCCGGGUCGGUGCUGGCUUUACUCGUCAGCGCUGCAGUGCCCAGCAAGAGAGAUACAGCUUCCACGAUCUGGUCUGAUAUCGAAAAUGCAACGACAUGUACUGGUUGUGAGAGUCUUCUGGUUGUUCUUCAGGCACUGGCACAUCUGGGCAACGACGACUUUACCAGUGUCAUAACCGAAGUGUGCAUUGAUGCCGGUGUCGAGGAUUCAGACGUCUGUACUGGCGCUAUAGGUCUCGAUGGGCCCAUCUUGGCUCAUGAUCUUCGACAAAUGACCGUUGGCACUCACACCGCCCAGCUAUUUUGCAACACCAUCUUUGGACUAUGUCCCUUCCCUGCAGUUACUGCCUACAAUGUAACAUUCCCAUCAGCCAAACCAGCGACUAGCCGACCAGCUGUUAGCGGCAAGACUCCUAUUGAAGUCGUGCAUUACAGCGACAUUCACGUCGAUCUCUCUUACGAGACUGGAAGUAGCUAUAACUGCACAAAGAACAUUUGCUGCCGGCCUUAUACCAGCGCAGAUGCUCCAGGAAAUACUUCUUAUCCUGCCGGCCCCUAUGGCAACCAUGCAUGCGACUCCCCGGUUACCCUUGAAGAGAGCAUGUAUGCUGCUAUUCAAAAGAUUGCACCCAAUGCGGCUUUUACGCUGUUCACUGGAGAUGUCGUCGAGGGUGCUGUGUGGUUGGUAAAUGAGACCGAGGUUACCAAUGACCUUAAGAAUGCAUAUACAAAGAUGACAGCACUAGGUCAAGUCUAUGCUACCGUUGGAAAUCACGAUGCCGCACCUGUAAAUUCCUUUCCUCCUGCAGCCGUGGAUACGACUAUCAGUAGCCAAUGGGUCUACGAUACUCUCUCAAGUCUAUGGGAAACGUGGAUCGGCUCUACGGCAUCAACAACAGCCGACACAAAUCCCGGAGCAUACUCUGUCCUCUACCCCGGAGGUAACCUGCACAUCAUUUCUAUCAACACAAACAUGUACUACAAAGAGAACUUCUGGCUUUAUGAGGCCACAAUGGAGACAGAUCCUAGCGGCCAGCUCGCCUGGUUGGUUACUGAGCUUCAAGCUGCUGAAGAUGCCGGAGAGCGAGUUUAUAUCAUUGGCCAUAUGCCGAUGGGUGCUGGAGAUGCGUUCCAUGAUGGUUCAAAUUAUUUCGAUCAGAUCGUGAAUCGUUAUGAAGCUACUAUUGCUGCGCUCUUCUUUGGGCAUACUCACAAAGACGAGUUCGAGAUUAGUUACAGCGACUAUACUGCGCAAACUUACUCCAACGCUGUCGAGCUCUCAUACGUCGCCCCAGCCCUGACCCCAACGAGCGGUAUGCCAGCCUUCCGCGUGUACUCUGUCGAUCCCGAGACUUUCGCUAUCCUCGACAUGACGACCUACAUAGCCGAUAUGUCAGACUCUACCUACCAGACGGCUGGCCCAACAUGGACCAAAUACUACAGCGUCAAGGAAGCCUACGGUCCAUUGGUGACACCACCUCUCACCUCUGCUUCUGCAGAGCUGACACCAGCUUUCUGGCACAAUCUGACAGAAGUCUUGAGCUCUAAUCAGACUGCUUUCAAUGAGUAUUAUGCUCGUAAAUCUCGUGGCUAUGAUGUCAGUUCGUGCACGGGCACUUGUGUGACGGAUGAGAUUUGCCAGUUGCGUGCUGCGCAGUCGCAGUAUAACUGUGUCACUGUCUCGCCGGGUAUCAACUUCAAGCGGGAUGGUACCCAGACCUCUGUUUCGGAUGGAGCUCAUCGUGACAGUUGUGAGGGUAGUCCUGCUAAGAGUAUUCUCAAGGCUUUGUUGACAAAGAAGGACGUAAAAGAAGAGAUUGAGAAGAGAACCAGCAUAUUGGCUAAGAGGAAGGCUAACUAG